AUGGCUCGGAUAGUACUGUUAAUCUCUGCAGCCUUUGUUCUUUUGAUAAGUUUAGCCCUCUCCUCAAGCACGUCGCCUCCUCCUAUCAAACAAGUUUCUCCACCGUUACCUACCAUUGGUGGUGGUGGUGGAGGUGGAGGCGGUGGCACCAGUUCGGGUCCAGGCAGCGAAGGCUCUGGUUUUGGUUCCGGCACUGGGUCCGGCCGUGGAAGUGGUGGCGGUGGAGGAGGAGGUGGAGAAGGCGGUGGAAGUGGCAGGGAUGGCGGUAGUGGCUCUGGCUAUGGAAGUGGCAGUGGCUAUGGCGGAGGCGGCGGUGGUGUUGGAAGUUCUGGAGGAUUUGAUGCUUUCCCGGGCUUCCAUUAA